AUGAAAGAAACACGACAGUUCGCAAAACAGAGACUACAAAGCUUCACUGAAUCAGGUGAGUCAGCCAACAGCUGCGGUGAAGCCAGCCCUCUGGGGCGUGGUGCUGGUGGUGGCGGUGGUCAUGGCUCGGGGUCAAAGCGUGCCCGCACGACGUUCACCAGCUCCCAGCUGGUGGAGCUGGAGAAGGAGUUCCACUUCAACCGCUACCUGUGUCGCCCCCGGCGGCAGGAAAUGGCCUCCCUGCUGAAGCUGUCUGGUCGGCAAAUCAAGAUCUGGUUCCAGAACCGACGCAUGAAGUACAAGAAGGACCAGAAGGGGAAGGGGAUGAUGGAAGGGAUGCCUGACUCUUCAGGGGGGCCCUCUCCUACCCCCAGCCCCAGCCCCUCCACAGCCUACACUGCGCCCAUCUUCCACCCCCCCUACAAGUCCUCCAGAAGUGCCUAUUGUGUGGCUGUUUACAGUGCUCCAGACCGGUCCUACUCUCCUCACCAGCAGGCCGGUGUCAUCUCUUCCUUGGCACAGGACUACGAUCAGGCUGAGUCUGUGCCAGACUAUGCUGGUGUCAGUGGACAUGGCUGUGCUGCCAACAGAGAUGCAUUCCUGCCAACCAGUGUGCCUGCUGCUAGCUUAGGCAUUGCAGAUUCCCCUUUUGCUAUUGUGGACUAUGGCUGUGUUGUCACUGGCCAUGGUGAACGGGCACUAGGACCCUGUGAUGUGCAUCUGCCCACUUUCAAUGAUUUCAUUACACAUUGCAACAGUUAG